AUGCGAGUACGUCGACGAUUUCCCAACAUGGAGUCGAUUGUUGUUGCUGGUUUCAUACAUGAGAACGAAUUGCGAGAUUUGGAGAACAUCAAGAUUGCCUACAACAAGUAUUGGGCGCCAUCGAAUUGGGCAUUGACCAUCUGUGCACGGGCCUACAAAGAGGGAUGCAUCGAAAACGUUCCGGCCAUGGUGGCAAUUCAAAACGAAGUGAAGCUAUUUCGCACUAGUUUGGCUCAACUAUGUCAGUAUGACUGGGUUCCGAUUCCGAUCGCCUAUCCUCAGGUUGUUUUUCUUGCUGUCCGGGUCUAUUUUGUAAUUUGCACGGUAUCAAGGCAGUUUAUACUGAGCGAAGACGCGAAGAAUAGGAGCGCCGUAAGUUUAUGUUCCUUCAUUAGAAAUAUUUCAUAA